UUUAUAACGUACUACGCCGCGUCCAGUGAAGCAUCUCGUUAUCUCGUUUUCCGACCACGAUGGUUUCGACGUUUGUGCUUUUACUGAUUACUCUCGGCGUCGUCGGUCUUGUGAAAAUUAUCUUUGCGCUGCAUCGGAUGUACUUUUACUGGAGGAAUAAGGGCGUACCUUACAUGCCGAAUUCGUUAUCGUCUUUUACAGUGCCUUGGAAAUUAAUGUUGGGCUACAUCUCUUUCGCCGAUCUGAAUCAAUAUAUGUAUAAUUACUUUCCCAACGCUAAAUAUUACGGAACAAAUGAUUUUCCCACGCCUGCCAUAUUUUUACGCGAUCCCGAGUUGAUUAAAGACAUAAUGGUGAAGGAUUUUGAAAAUUUUCCGGAUCAUCGCAUUGUUCUUGAUGAGAACGCAGAACCACUGGUUGGUAAUAAUCUUUUCUCUAUGCGCGGAGACCGUUGGAGAGAAAUGAGGACUACGUUGAGCCCUUCUUUCACCGCCAGCAAAAUGAAGUUCAUGUUCGAUUUGAUAUCGAAGUGCUCUCACGAUUUCGUCAAUUAUCUCUAUGACCAUCCGGAGCUCUGUUGUGUAAUCGAAACGAAGGAGGUCUUUAGACGAUACACCAAUGACGUAAUUGCUACGGCAGCUUUCGGCAUAAGUGUGAAUUCUAUGAAGGAUCAAGACAAUGAGUUCUAUAGAAGAGGUAUAGAGGCCACCACAUUUUCCUCUGGACUGUCAAUGAUUCUUAAAGUAAUAUUUUUACGCGUAAGUCCUUCAUGGCUUACUAGAUUAUUGGGUUUAACUUUUUUCCCACUGGCUACGGGCAAAUUUUUUAAAAAGAUCGUAGAAGAAACCAUCAGAGAACGAGAAAAGCGUGAUAUUAUCCGACCGGAUAUGAUUCAUUUGUUAAUGCAGGCUCGAGGCAAAGACAAUGCCAGUCCCAAAAUGACACUGGACGAUAUCGUUUCGCAAGCCUUCAUCUUUUUCUUAGCCGGCUUCGACACCUCUUCAACCUUGAUGUGUUUCAUUGCUCAUGAAUUGGCGGUCAAUCGAGAAAUUCAAGAUCGUCUGCGCAAAGAGAUACUACAGCAUCUUGCCGAGGGAAACGGUGAGAUUUCUUACGAAGUACUGUCGAAGAUGUCGUAUAUGGACAUGGUGGUUUCCGAGGCUCUCAGAAAAUAUCCACCGGUGAUCGUCCUUGAUAGACGUUGCUCUAAGAGAUACGAACUUCCUCCAGCGCAACCAGGUUGCAAAAGUGUGAUUAUCGAACCUGAUACUGUAUUGAUGUUUCCCGCGUAUGCUUUACAUCGCGAUCCGAGAUAUUUUCCGAAUCCGGAUAAGUUCGAUCCUGAAAGAUUCAGCGAGAAGAACAAGGACAACAUUUUACCAUAUACCUACAUACCAUUCGGUCACGGACCUAGAAAGUGUAUCGGCAAUCGAUUUGCUCUUAUGCAGACCAAGAUUUUGAUAGCUCAUCUUUUACAAAAGUUUAUUUUAAAGACUGUGGAAAAAACUGUCGAACCAGUUGUAUUUUGUAAAAAGGAAUUUUCCCUGAAACCAGAUGGCGGAUUCUGGAUUGGCUUGGAGAAGAGAGAAACGUGAAAAUCUUGCACACAGUAUAUCUGUAAUUGUAUGUGUAAAAAUAUUAUCGAAUUUGCAACUUAAAGAUAUUCUACACUUGCAAAACACGAUUUAUGUAUACAGUAUAAUUCAAUUGAGAUGUAUUGUUCAAUUCGCAAAUUAAGUUUAUACUAACAUAAGAAGUGAAGAAACUGGUAAAUAUUGGUACUUCUUAGAUUCUCGAAUCUUUUCUACGUGGUUAUUAUAUUUACUGACUUAUAUGACUUUUUCCACUUUCAGUAACACAGUAGAGAUACGGUCGAUAUAGAUGAUUCUUUAUGUAAGAGCGAAUACUUUAUUGCGCGAACGUCUAUCGUUUUGAAGGGAUGGGGGAGGGGGGGCGGGAUUGCAUUUUUUAAUAACAAAUGGUAAAAGUUUUAAAAUGUAGAGAAUUAUUCUGUUCCUUAUAUUUCUUUAGAAAAUAAUUAGAGUAAAUAGAAAAGCUUGAAUUAGGUCUAUUUGUCGCACAGAAAUAACGCAUUUUUCCCAGUUGUUUCCUCUUAUAUAAAUGCUGAAGUUCAACUGUGUCAUUGCCAGCUACCUUUCUAUUGACAGUCUUGGCAUUAGUAGGUUAUGUAUCCGUUGAUAGUUUAAGUAUCCAUUAGCUGAUUAUUUAUCUGUGUCAUUCAUUAUCUAUUACUUUACUAAUUUAUUUAUAUUUCUAUUGUGCACUUUAGAAUAUAUUAUGAAAGAGUUUUGUUUACUGUAAAGGAAAUAUGGAGCGGAAAAUGUAAUUACAUUUACUAAACUUUAAUUUAAAUCUUACUAAUGACUUCAUUAUAAAUGUUUAACGUCCAAUAACUUACGUAUCAACUGUUUUUUAAGUAACAAAUAUAUUUUUAAAAAUUUACAUUUAAAUGAUACAACGUGUAAAUUGCGUUAGAUAUCUCCUUACUUUGAAAGUGUUUUUAUAAUAGUUUUACAUUAUUAUUUAUUUUCUUUGAGCAAGUCUUUUGCUUCAUCGAAAUACAUCUGAAUAUUUAUAUCUGCAGGAAGUUUGUAUGAAAAUUAUUCUGCAGUAUAAUAUAUUUAUAUGUAUAUCAUUUUCUUGAUUUCCAAUCACGUUACAAAACUGUACCAUAUGUAUUUUAUUACAUAUAAUAUUUGUAAUGUCAAAAAAUGAUAAUCAAUUAUAAGACUCGCAUAUUAAUAAGACUAUAAGGAAAUUCCUGGGCACUUGAUUCAGAACUGUAUUUUCUAUUAUUAUUAAUAAGAAGAAAAAACAAUUGUAAUUAACGUAAAAUAAAUCUCUAUCGUCUUUUAUUGUGUUUUGAAAA